CCUCUUGCAGCUCAGGCCCACAGUAACAGCAGCUGUAGCAACGACCCCUUUAACAUUACAGUCCUCACAACAUCAUCGGUAAGGUGUUCGAUGCUGAACUAUUUGCCCUUCAGCCACUCGCUUCUGUCGCUCGAGGGGCUUCUCUAACUGGUGUCACUGGCUUUCAAGCUGCGGAAGCCAAUGGAUCAGAAUGGUCAGUUUGACAGAGAGGGCAGAACGAUAUCACAGGUCCAGGUGGACGGGUUUGACCUCUGUGAUAACUCGCCCAGCGCUGAAGCUCUCGCCGCCCAAACAAGGAACCUCAACGAGAUCAAGGCUCUCACACAAACUCUACCCCUUUCACAAAGUGAUGAGGGGGGAACGUGCGGCCUCAUCCAAAAACCCUCUCCUAAUGACAGUGGGAAGGAGUGGAAGGAGGUGGAGAAGGGAAACGAGGUACACACUGGAAUGGCUAGAGAUGAGAAUGAAGAAGAAGACAUCGAUGAUGCUAUGGAGGAAGAAUCAGAGACGUCAAGCUCGUUAGUUUGCUGCCAGUCUCCAGAUAUUCCCAUGACUGAUUCUUCAUACUCAGAAACUGGAAGUCUGCUGGAGACGCUGUACCCGUUCAGUCCUGGGACAAGUCCAGAGCCCACAUCUCCUGUCAUUCCAGUAGUCAGUCCAGAAACUUUACAUCCCAUCAGUUCAUUGGACCUGAGCCAGAGUGGUGCUGUGUCCAUUGCCUCCAUGACAGGGGGGGUGACCUGCACACACGGACCUUCCUUUACCACUGGGCCAGUAGAUUUUAACACACAGGGGACAACCUCUGACCCGUGUCCUGGCAGCCCUGCUUGUACAUUUACAGAAGACUCUGACAGGAGAGUAAAAGAGUCACUUACCUCACCCUGUGGGUCCACUUCUAGCAUUGGGGCUGCCAGCUCAGCUGCUGGACAUCUCUGCUCAGGUGCAGUGACAUCCACAUCACCUGAACCAACACAACUCAACUCUUCCACUGCUGCAAGUACAACAGCAGAAGUCCUCACCACGGGGCUGAAUCCAGCAAAUAUAGAGUUCACCUCCGUGACAUCACCUUUAACCUCAAAUCACGAACAGAAUACCUCCACUUCAGAGACCACUUCCUCCUCCUUCUCUACAUGCUCUACUGGAUCUGUUUUAAGCCCCACUCACCUGGAGUCUCUGGAACAGCUGGCACAAAGAGACGAUGAUACUCACCUUCCACGAUACCUUCACCAGAUUGCUGAGUCCUUCGUUCUUCAGAAAGAUUAUCAGCGAGCGCUGUGGUUCAUCCAGCUAGAGAGACUCUACCACCAGAGAGUGUUGGACAAUCUGAAUGCACUUCAGGAGCGAUGGGAGAGUCGCUGUGGAAAGACGACCUCUGACCUGGAAACCCACCACCUGGACACACUUAAACACAUCUGCCAGACACACACUCGACCGAGGACAAAAGAUACUGAGUGUGCUUCUCUGGACACUUUGAGACCUAAAUCUGAAAGAGGUGGUUCACGGCCUUCAUGCACUUCAUCCCAUCAGGUUGAAGGAAGGAUGGAUCACAAAGCUGAAGACUUAUCUCCUCCUGUCAAACACUCCAGUAAUUUGCUCGAUUCCCACAAAAAUAUCCAGGAAGACCCUAGAGGAGAAAUGGAGGGGAGGGGUAUUUCCCACAGAUCAGAGCUGACUGAACAGCAAGACCGUGGCAGAGAGGAGGACGGAGGGGUGAGAUGCACCACUUCAGCCCUAGGAAACGGGCUGCACCCCCCUACAGCUGAGGAAGUGGAUCAGUCCGAUCCUGCAGAGCAGCAGGAAGUAGAUUUAAGAUGUGCACGGGAAAGGGAGACAAAAGGGGAGAAAGAUGAGAGUGACAUAGAGGAGGCGGCUGAAGCUUUGGAGAUGGAGGAUGAGGGAGCAGAAGAUGAUGGAGAGGAGAAGCACAAGGGAGGAGACCAGGAAUCUCUGUCAGUGAAGACACUGGCCUGUGGGGGGGAGUUAGAGGAACAACAACAGCUGCUGCUGGAUGAUUUACUAUAUAAUGAGAGCCGGCAGUGCCAAGACACACAGGAGAGCACUAAAACCAGCCGGCAUAAGGAGACACUCCCUCCUGAGGAGGCCCAUCUGAAGCAGCAGGAGCAGUGUGCAGAGGAGGAGGAGGAGGAAGACUAUGAAGCUGACCCAGCUCACUUGAUAAGAGAAGCUCCUUCACUGGACGAAAUGGCAAGACUCAUCACUGUUGAAGAGAUAUCUCCUACCUCUGGUCUCGUCUCCAUAUUGAAGAAACGAAGCGUUCGUUUGGAGACUCUGAGCACAUCUGUCAGUUCUGAGCUCCUGCCUGAAAACCCCACUGCCAAAAGACGUGUCCGCUUCAGAGUUCCCGAUGAUGGCUAUGAGAACGAUGUCGGUAGUGGAGAUUCCUGUCUGCUCCUCUUCCUUCUGUGUCUAGUGACAGUAGUGAUCAGCAUUGGUGGCACCGCCCUUUACUGUGCUUUCGGCGAUGCCCAGUCCUCCGUCUGUCAGGACUUCUCCAGAAACGUAGACUUCUACGUCGUUCAAAUGCACCGUGGGAUCGCUCAGCUUCAGCACUGGCUAGUAUCCGACUCGUAGCACAAGACGCCGGACAGUCAGAGACGUGGAGCGACUAACUUACAGAUUCCUGCAGCUCCCACUGCAUCCCGAGUGUGUCGCAGUCAUUAAAGAGCCUCUGCUGCCGUUUGUUGUAAGUUAAUGUUAAUGGAUAGACAUCUAAAUCAGGUGUGCUGCUUUUUGAAAACCCUGUGAAUUAAAUUCCAGGGAACUUUUAAAGUUAUGGAACAAGUUUUAUUGCAUCAAGUAUGAAGGAAAAACCUAAAAGACUUCAUUUUAAUGUAACAAACGAUCUGAUUGACCUGUCACUCUCUCACAGGAGGACAAAUUAGGAAAUUAUUAAAGGCUAAUUAAAAGAUUAAUAAUAAAUAGGUUUAAAAAAUUAAGACACUGGACUUAAACUUCCCAAGUUGAGACAAAAAAGUUUUGUAAAAAAACACAAAAACCAAAGGACAAAAAUAUAUUAUUGAGUAGUUUAACCACAGUUCACAAAUGGAGGAAAACUCUGUGUUUAUAAAACUGUUGCAACAACAGCUGUUUCUUUUAUUGUACAUUUUUUAAAUAACAAAAGAUAAUUACUUGUCUAUCUAUGUGGUAUGAAAUCACCAUGUCUUAAUUGUGCAAAUUUAAUUUUUUUUUGUAUGCUGUGUGAAAACGUGCAGAAAUGGUUAUUUUGGUGUUUACCGGGGCAGCAGUAGCUCAGGUGGUAGAGCGGGGUUGCCUCAUGAUCAUGGGUUCGAUUCCAGCUCCCGCCAGGGGUAUCCUGCUGUUGUGUCCUUGGGCAAGACACUUCACCCAACUUGCCUGUGUUAGUGGUGGUCAGAGGGGCCGACGGCGCCAAAUGGCAGCCUCGCCUCUGUCAGACCUCCCCAGGGCGGCUGUGGCUACAAGUAGCUUACCAUCACUAGCAGUGUGUGAAUGUGAGAGUGUGUGAAAGCGUCUUUGGGUGACUAGAAAAGCGCUAUAUAAGUUCAAUGCAUUAUUAUUAUUAUUAUUACCAUGGGUGAGCUGCUAAUGGAAAAAAACAAUCGUCUCAGAUCUGUUCUGUGUGUCACGACGCAGUAAUUAUAUUUUUGUCUUUCCAGUAUCUAGUGUAAAGCACAGAUCUGAUCCAGGGUCAGUUUCUUUUGGGCAGAUUUCCUGCUGCAGGUUUACACUGAGCUGCAGGAGAUUAGACGUUUGAGCAACAGUUUGAGUCAGAUUCAGCUUUGUGUAGCAAAUUCAACAUCUAGAGAAAGUAGUUCACAUCGUUGCAUGUCGUCAGGUGGCCGGUGAGCAUAGGGCACAGAAAACUGGUACUUUAUAAACAAAAGGUUUUGCAAUAUUUCUACAGAUGUUAUCCUGUCAGGCCUAAACACGGGUUCAGAAAACUUUAUCAGAUACAAAUCAUUCAUAUGCACUAAAUAUUUGCACAGACCACUUAAAGAAAAAACAAACAAAAAAAAAACUCAUUAAAUACUUAAGUGGUUGUGUCUGUGUAUAAAAUGUUAGAUUUCAGUCAAUGAUUCUGUGUUGUAGAUAAAUCAGAACCCUCUCUGUCUCUCUCUGUGCGCGCAUGUGUAUGUGUGUGUGUGUUUGCUCUUUCAGGGACUUUAUGGCAUAUUCAUAAUCUGUGUUUUCUAGUAGAUUUUUACAAGAUAAUGAGAUUUAUUUACCACCUUUUGGUCUUCCAUAUGUGUUAUCUUGGUAACUUUGACCAUAUUUAUUAAAUAUGACUUCUUUGUUUACAUUUUUAAAUAGGAAAUGUUUCUCUGAGAGGAUUGAAAACAGAAGAGUAAAAGUGGCCUUUUACGAAAUGUGCUUACUUUUAACCCCCCAAGCCACUGCUCUGCCUCUUACUUUUCAUUGUAAAGCAAAGUCAAUGAUGUCAUUUCAGAGCCUAAUAUCACAUUUUAGAUCAUUUAUAAUAUCAUGUUUCGUUUUUCCUUCCAGCUUUCUUUUCAUUUACUGUUACAGUGGAUCAUUCAAAUGCCUUUAAAAAAACAUAAUGUCUUUAUUGUCAGGAAAUAAAAAAAUACAAAUGUCUGUAAAACAGAAUGGAUAACAGUGUCUUAACUAAUCUUUAUUUACAGACGUAACAGUAAUAUUCCUCCUACUGUGUCACUACCAAUAAUUUGUUUAGGAUAUGAGGAUUUGUUUUCCCACAACAUAAAAAAAUGUUGAUUGAUUUUAUUUAUUUAUUUUUUUGGUUUGCACAUGUCAGCUGGCUGGUUCAGGUGACACUUAAUCUGAAAUCAAUCUUAUUUAACAUUUUAUUGUAAUUAUUUAUGAUACAAAAACAUUUACAAAAACAUUUACAAAAACAUUUUAGGUGGUUUUAAAACGGAUCCAUCUUCUGGUUAGUGUUAAUCUACCACAUGAUGUUGUAUAACUAUGUCUUGUAUAACGGCUUUUGUAAAGAGGCUCUGAUGGAAAUAUUAGUCGUCUGAACAUUUUUCUAAAAGCAUAAUUUUGUUGUCCGCUUUUCUUCAUUAGCUCCUAAAUGUGGUUAGUGACCCUCUUAAGUUUGUGUUACUGUUGUCAGUUUCAUCUUUCUCAUGAAGAUUGUUAAAAUACUCAAGGUUAGCUUGUGUCAUCUGCCUUUAAUUACUUUUUAUUAAUUGCUUUUCAAAAAAAUAUAUGAUAAAGAAAUAAAUUAAUGGUCAUGCUUA